CUGCCGCCGCCAUUAGCCUCCGCCGUUCGCCCCGGGACGGCGUUGACUUGCCGAGCGCUGGGCCGGUGCCGCACCUUGGCCCUUUCGCGGGGAACGAGCCGGAAGGAGGAGGGAACUCACCCUCGCGUUGUGUAGCGGCCGUGACCCCCUGGAGCGGUGUGCCCUCCGCCGGCCGCCCGCUGGGCCGCGGCCUCUGCAGCCGCCCCCAUCCCCGCAGUCGCCAAGGGCGGCGCCCGGGUCGUGGUGCCUUUUACUCGGGGGACGCCGCGGUCCGCCGAGGUCGCCAGGGCGCGCAGAGCAGAGGUGUGCUCGCCCGCAGCGCCCCGCGAUGGCGGCGCCGCCGAGCGGCCGGGCCCAGAUAUCUGUGACCUUCGAUGAUGUGGCCGUGACUUUUACCCAGGAGGAGUGGGGGCAGCUGGACCCGGCCCAGAGGACCCUGUACCAGGAGGUGAUGCUGGAAAACUGUGGCCUUCUGGUGUCUCUGGGUCUUUUAGGCAGGUUCCCUCACAAAAGUCCCGGGACGCCGCCAGACAACAGGAGCAGCAGAUCCCCUCAUUCAGCCAUCCUGGAAUAGAGCUUUCUAAAGUUGCGUACCUCUAACUAUUGGUGAUUGAGGAAUGCCACUUGCAGGUUGGUAGAGACUAGUUUUUCAACCUUCCUUUGAUGCCAGAAUCAUCUGGGGAGGUUUUAAAAUCUACCGAUAUCCAGGCCUCACCUGCAGAGAUUUCCUUUCCAUUGGAUGUGAACCCAACAUGCCAGGAGGGGUUGAUGCACGCAUGGUUGAGACUCACUUACUUGGAUUGAUUAGGAAACACUUUCUGGAAGGAGGAAGUCAUAUUCCCUGGGAUUCUGUGUGCUGGAAGCCAAAGAGAAUAGGUGCUGUCUACACAGCCAGCACUACUGUCUAAAGUCUUUGGAUCCCAGCAGUGGUGUUUGUGCCUAUUUCCAGGUGACAGGUUGGUAUUUUGUUAGUGUGGAUGGGAGCAACUUCUUUCCGAGGUCAUUUCCGCAUCCUGAAGUCCCAGAAUAGAUUGAGACGUUUUCUUUCUUUUCACAGAAACCCUAGUGUCUUCUUUCCUUCUCUGUGAACAGGGUGUCCUGUUCCUAGACCUGAGCUGAUCUACCAGCUGGAGCACGGGCAGGAGCUGUGGACGUGGAAGAGACACCUGUCUCAAAGCGCCUAUCCAGGUAGGAGCCAAGAUGUGGGCAGGUGGGAGACCCUGCAGGCUCGAGACCAGGAGGAGACCACUGGCCCUGGUUCCCUGGGGAAGCUUCUUGUUCUGGCCUCUCUGGGGGUUUGGAAGGCACGGAGCCCUUUGACCCGAAGUCAGCAUGCCUGGCAAGGUACCCAGAAUGUUGCUCACUCCUUCCACCUCCCAAGUUUCAGUGAAUGGUCCUGCCACCCAAGCAGGUUAGAGACUGGGUACGGCCUCAGAGAAUCCUCACACCGCCGCCUCCCUCAGUCCCCGCAUCCGGCCAUGCCCCAGUCCUGUGCGCUUCACAUCUUGUACAUCUCCUGAAUCCCGUCACUUGCACCACCUUCCUCAGACCCGUCCCCAAGCUCAGUGCACGCUCCCAUCCUCU